AAACUUCCAUUCUCUAAACUCUACACCCUAUUUUUUGAUUUUGUCACAUAGCUACCACCCACUUGGCAAAAUAUGAGUAUAUAAACCUUUGAGUUUUAUAAAAGUUCUCAAUAAUUCAUGGGCUCUACAUUGGAAAUGCAACCAUCUCAUAAUAAUUCAAUGAAACAAGAUGAUAAUUCAGAAUUCAAUUUAACAGAAUGGGGAAUGAAAGGAAGAAUCAUAAGUAGAGAGAAUACAAAAUCAAGAAGAUAUUCAGCAUCAAUUAUAAGAAGCUUUAGAGAAGACACAAAAUCUUUUAGAUCAAACAUAACAAUUUCUAGCACUGCUUCUUCACCUGGAUACACAUUGAAAGAUGAAAUUGAUCCUUCAACAUAUUCUUUCACAACUGCUCUUAAAGCAUUGCAAGCAAGAUCAAUUUAUAAAAGUUGGGAGUGUUUAUCACCAGAUGGAUUUGCUUUGAAUUCAAAAUGGAAUGAAGCAGAAAAAUAUAUAUGCAAUCCUCUUUCAGGGGAAGUACCAAUGGAAUGUUUAUCUGCAAAAACACUUAGUGGAAGAUUAUUUCAAAACUCAACAACAAAUAGAAUCACCAUGUCAGCUCCUUUAGUCUUUUCAUCAAGACAAAUUCAAACUAAGACAAUGGCUUCAACUUAUAGUUUCACAAAAGAAGAUGUAGCUCUUCAAUUUCAUAGUCCAGAAAUGAAAAAGGAGGGAAUGACAAGAGAUGCAUGUACUCAAAGUACACUUCCUUUUCUUAAUUCAAUCAAUAAUAGCACUAUUUUAACUCCAUCCAUCAUAGAGAUGACAACAAAGCUAUCUGAAGACUCAACAAAUUCAGAUGACACUAAAACUAAAUCUGAUGAAGAGGUGGAAGUAAAGGAUAAAGAAACAUGGGAGACAACAAAAGAAUCAAUGAGAGGAAUUCAUGAAUAUAAGAAGAAAGAUGAACAACUUUGCAAGCAAGGUGGUUGCUUUUCAUGGAUAAAGAAGAAAAAAACGAGAGAAAAAGAGAGACAAAGAAGGAACAAUAUAAUAUUUCUUAAUAAUUUUAAUGUUUGCUAAAGAAGAAUUUUAAAAAUAAUUAUAUAAAAUGAUGAGAGAAUUUAAAUUUCGAGGAGUAAGAAGUGGUGACUACAUAAAAUUGAGGUCGUUGGAUUAAAAUAUGUAGUUUAAAUUUCAGUUUUGAUAUUUUAUAUUAAACAAAAUAAAAAAAUUAUCUUAAAAUUUAAACCGUUCGAUCUUCGAUAUUUAAUCAAAUAAUUUCAAAAUAUAAUAAAUGUUAAUUACAUGGAAUGAGAACACACUUAACUAUUUUCACGAUGAGAGAGAGAGGAGAAUAUCUUUUUUCUUAUACUUUCUUUAGAUAUUUUAGAGUGCAUUAAUUGAUACUCAAAAUACAAAAAUUUAAAACAAUUGCAAGUGUGUCGGUAUACUUGUGCUACAUUUUUAUGUUCCUAUUAUGUAAUUUAAUGGUCAAUGAUGUUAUGUUCU